GGCAGCUGCGAGAAAAGGAGACGCGUGGGAGUGUGUGAGGACUGUUAACAAGGAUAAGACGCGUGGCAAGAAGCAAAUUAAAAAAAAAAAAAAGGCCGCGCCACAACCCAUCACACCCCAGUGGAUCCUAACUUAUGUUACUGCGAAGGCACCGGGACCGUACUCUCCCGCUGGUGCCUCACGCCCCAGGGACUUAAAUCAGCUGGGGCGGGAAAGGGUGGGGCCAGUGGCGCGGGAGGCGGGGCGUACAGCGGCGAGGGCGGCGGCGGCGGCCGAGACCCAGACAUCUGGGACUGUUGUUGUUCUCUCGCCGCCGGACCGCCUCAGUCCGUUCGCCCAGAAAGAGACCCGGAGCUAGUCUGGUGGGGAGCGGGUGGCCGAAUCCCCCGUCUUUCCUGCUUCCGCAAAGCUGCGGCAGGAGCUGGUUCAGACACCUUGCGGUUGGUCUCCGAUGCCCUUCAGUGAGGAGGGGGCGUCAGAACCCUGGUGAGCGCAUCUCAGCCCCCACCCCCAACUCAGUGUCUUCGCCGGCCCCCAGGCCCUCACACCCCAGUCUGGCUGCCAUGGCUGAAAACGCGGAGGGAGACCUGAACUCCAACCUGCUCCACGCCCCCUACCAUACCGGUGAUCCUCAGCUAGAUACGGCCAUCGGGCAGUGGCUCCGUUGGGAUAAGAAUCCCAAAACAAAAGAGCAAAUUGAAAAUCUGUUACGGAAUGGGAUGAACAAGGAGCUACGAGAUCGUCUUUGUUGCCGAAUGACUUUUGGGACGGCGGGACUUCGUUCUGCUAUGGGGGCAGGAUUUUGCUAUAUUAAUGACCUUACAGUAAUACAGUCAACACAGGGAAUGUACAAAUACCUUGAGAGAUGCUUCUCAGACUUCAAGCAGAGAGGCUUUGUCGUCGGGUAUGACACCCGGGGUCAAGUAACUAGCAGCUGCAGCAGCCAGAGACUUGCUAAACUCACUGCUGCAGUCUUAUUGGCCAAAGAUGUUCCUGUGUACCUUUUUUCAAGAUAUGUUCCUACGCCUUUUGUACCAUAUGCGGUCCAGGAGCUCAAAGCAGUUGCAGGUGUGAUGAUUACUGCUUCUCACAACCGCAAAGAAGACAACGGGUACAAGGUUUAUUGGGAAACUGGUGCCCAGAUCACAUCUCCUCAUGACAAAGAAAUUCUGAAAUGUAUAGAAGAAUGUGUGGAACCUUGGAAUGGUUCCUGGAAUGAUAAUUUAGUGGAUACCAGCCCACUGAAGAGAGAUCCUCUGCAGGACAUUUGCAGAAGAUACAUGGAAGAUCUUAAAAAGAUCUGUUUUCACAGGGAAUUAAAUUCAAAGACCACCUUGAAAUUUGUACAUACAUCUUUUCAUGGGGUCGGACAUGACUAUGUGCAGCUGGCUUUUCAAGUGUUUGGUUUUAAGCCUCCUAUUCCAGUACCAGAACAAAAAGAUCCUGAUCCAGACUUUUCUACUGUUAAAUGCCCAAAUCCUGAAGAAGGAGAAUCUGUGCUGGAACUUUCUUUGAGACUGGCAGAGAGAGAAAAUGCCCGGGUAGUGCUAGCCACAGAUCCUGAUGCAGACCGACUGGCAGUGGCAGAACUUCAGGAGAAUGGUCAUUGGAAAGUUUUCACAGGGAAUGAGUUGGCAGCUUUGUUUGGGUGGUGGAUGUUUGAUUGCUGGAAGAAAAAUAAAUCAAGAAAUGCUGAUGUGAAGAACGUUUAUAUGUUAGCCACCACAGUCUCCUCCAAAAUUUUGAAGGCAAUUGCACUUGAAGAAGGAUUUCAUUUUGAAGAAACAUUACCAGGUUUUAAAUGGAUUGGAUGUAGGAUAAAAGACCUCCUGGAAAAUGGGAAAGAAGUCCUUUUUGCAUUUGAGGAGUCAAUUGGUUUUCUGUGUGGAACUUCAGUUUUGGACAAAGAUGGGGUGAGUGCAGCCGUUGUUGUUGCUGAGAUGGCAGCUUACCUGGAAACCAUGAACAUAACAUUGAAACAACAACUGAUUAAGGUUUAUGAAAAAUAUGGUUAUCACAUUUCAAAAACGUCCUAUUUCUUGUGUUAUGAUCCGAUUACCAUCAAAAGUAUAUUUGAAAGGCUUCGCAAUUUUGAUUCUCCAAAAGAAUAUCCAAAAUUUUGUGGGACAUUUGCUAUAUUGCACAUCCGGGAUGUUACCACUGGAUAUGACAGCAGCCAGCCUAAUAAGAAAUCAGUGCUGCCUGUGAGUAAAAACAGCCAAAUGAUUACAUUUACUUUUCAAAAUGGCUGUGUGGCUACUCUUCGGACAAGCGGGACAGAACCCAAGAUAAAGUAUUAUGCAGAGAUGUGUGCAUCACCAGAGCAGAGUGACACUGCCUUACUAGAAGAGGAAUUGAAGAAACUCAUUGAAGCUCUGAUUGAGAAUUUUCUUGAGCCCAGUAAAAAUGGACUGAUCUGGCGUUCUGUUUAGUGCACACCAGUACAUCAUUUCUUUGCACUGGCACAUGGAACAGAACAGCAAAGAACUCCAUGUGUUGACAUCAUAUUAUCAUUCUCUCCCUAUCUCCUCUGGCCAAGUAUCCUUUUAUUUUCUUUCUUUUGGUUGGCUGACUAAACAAACUAUCAAUUUGAAAUGCAAUGGUCUGGAGAGAAAUGAUUCAGAUUUUUUCAUAAUCUUGAACAAAAGUCAUUUCAUUAAAAGUAUUAUAGUGACACGUUGUUCUUCCUUUAACAGAAAAAAAAAUACAUAAGUGAGUUUUCUUAUUUAAGUGUGAUUAAGCUUAGUUCCAUAUUAUAAUUGUGUAGAGCACGGUUUAAAAAAAAAGGCAGAUAAAUGCUAUAUAAUUGUAGAGUUAGUUAAGGAAAUUAAUCUAUAAAAUUGACAAGAAAAUGGCAUUGCUCCCAUAAUACUGUGGGAAAGUGUCAUUGUUAUGUCACAGGUAUUAACUUACCAAGUAGAGUAUUUGAAAUAGGGUAUUUGCAUUUUUAGCUUAGAACCGAUGUUACAAUAUGUGGUUUCAGCUUCUCUUUUUUCAGGUGCUCUUAAUGUAGUGUGAACUUAUUGUACGUAUUUAAAAUUCUGACGUUUACUGAACGUAAAACAAUAGUGGCAAUGCUCCUAGUGGUUUCGUUCUUGUCAGAUUUCUUAGUGCCUUCUCCGGGUAUGGUAUGAAUUAAAACAGUGUUCCUGCAUUGAAUAUAAUUUAAUCAGCCAAUUUUCAGACAGUUGAGGAAAUCUUCCAAACUAUGUAGGUGCUUCCCCUCUAUAGCAAAUAAAUUUGCCCUUUAAAAAAAUCUGAUGAAUGUAAAUAAAAAUGUUAAUAAAAGCAAACUCAGUGUAACUAUACUGAAGGAUCUUCAUGUUAGAAUUCAGGCUCAGUAAUCACAGCCUUCAAGUAAAGAAAAAAAUCUGAACUGAGAAAGGAGCUCUAAAUUUAUUUAAAUGUCUAACUUUGGAAUUACAUUUUUAUAAGUAGAUUUAUUCCUUUAUCAGAUGAAGUAAUGCUAAUUUUACUAAGAAAUAAAAUAUCCAGAUUUUAGGUGUUAGAAAACACUAAAACUACAUGUUUUAAAACUAAAUUCCAUUUUGUUCUAACAUCUUGCUGGCCACUGUAGGAUUUCUGAUCUCAAGAGUACUCUUUACCAAUAUGGAAAAAAAUUUUGGAAGGUCACUUUUGGUUGAUUCCCCAGACUUCUAAAAAAGUCUUAAUAGAGAAAUACCGUUUAAUCUCCUUAAAGUGUAUCCUGUCCUAUAUAACUCACAGAAUAAUUAAACCCAAGUGCUGUAGUUAAGAGGUAACAAUCACAAGGCCUUGUGUGUAAUUAUACUGAACAAAUAGCUAGUGGGAUAUAACUGGUAUUAGAGAAUUUACUUCCUAAAAAAUAAUAAUAACAUAAAAUUUAAACAUUUAUUAAAUAACAGUUUGGUUUAUUGCAGCUAUCAGCUAACAUUUGGUUGAACCCAUAUAGUCCAAGUAUAAUUUUCAAAUUAUUGUAUUGCCACUAUUGUUAAUUUGUUCCUUCCUUUCUUAUAGCUAGAUCUUGUAUGACUGUAGGUAAUAGCUAGCUAAGGGUAGAGCACCAUACUUCUGAAUGACAUUGUUUUCAAAGGCUUUGCACUAGGGAAAAUGUGUAUACUUUUUUGCUUUAUUGGCUUUAAGGAAUGUAGAAUGUAACUUAGGAGAUAGCCUAUAUUCUGCCAAGUAUUAUAAAUAAUGCUAUAUAUAUCAAAAAUAUGUGUAUUUGGCUUUAGUGUCUGUGUUUCCAUGACUGAAGAACAAAGUGAAGCUAAAAUGAUAUGAUAGCCCAUUCAUAAUCACUAAACCCAUGUCAUGAUUGUCAUUCUAUUAUAAAGAGAACAGUUUGAGUGCUUUAAUAUAAUACAAUGUUUAAGUCAUCUUAAUCAAGGUGAAAAGUUAUGAAAGCUUAGGUUAUCUCAAAAAUUUAAAAAUCCAAAGUUAAAAUUAACAAAAUUUUACAAAUGUUCCUGAAAUGUAUAGAUUGAGGGAAUUAUUAGAUUCUAGCCAAGCUCUCAAGUCUAUGUAAGCAUGGUAUUUUAACAUGAACUUGACAUAGUGGGUAUAAAGUGGCCUAAUAGAAUAAAUCAGUAAUCCAAGUCAACCAGGAAGGGCAGAAGUGCUGGCCCAUGAGUCUCAGCCUUGGGCUCUACAUUGUUUAGCUUUUUCUUUAUGAAUUAUAUCACAAAAAUGAAUGCAUUCUCCUUGAGUAUAUAGAUCAAAACUGGGCUUCUCUAGAGUUUUGGGGAAAAGGAACAAACUAGUGGGGCAAGGUCAAAGAAUACAUUGAAAAUAAGCAGUAGAAAUAAACAAACAAUAGAAAAGUCAAUAAGAUGGCACAGGAACAACUUCUUGUGAAGGGCAAACUAACCUCUCAAAAAGUAGGGAAUAAACUGGCUGUGGGUAAGUUAUUUAGCUCUGUUUGUUAUUAUGAUGAACAAAUAGCGAACCUUUUGCUUUCUUUCCGUUAUUAGCAACCACUAAAAAGAAGCCAAGUUUUAGGAGGUGAGAAAAAGUACCCCUCUUACUGAUUCAAUUCUGCUAGGAUGUUGUGUCUUAGGAUCAUAUGGGAACUGGGGAGGAGAGGACAUAGCAGAAAUAAAAAGGAAUAUAAUACAAAUUGGAGAAUAAGACUUGUGAGAAAGAGUUCAAAGAAUUAAGAUCAUUUAACUCUGGAGGGGAGAAAGCUGUUGAGAUGUUUAAUAAGUCUUCCUAAGUUAUUAGUUGAAUCUUUUAUUGCAAGGCUCAAAGUAAGAAGGAAUAUAUCAAACUAUUCUCUAUCUUCAAUGAGGACAGACUAAAAAAGAAUAAGGAUCUUUUUUAAAAAAAUAAAUAACAAAUUUAUAUAUUAAGGAAUGUACUAAAUGAAUUUUAAAGGUUCCUUCCAAUACUUUUUUUUAAAACUCAGGUUGGGACAAUGAUGAUAUCAUAGCACUGAAAGUUACAUUUGAGUUUUUGCUCCUUAUCUAGAAGAAUUUAGCUCACAAGAGAGUUUUUGUAUAUGUUGAGUAGUAGACGCAUGAGUGCAGUCUCUAUUCACUGCAUAAAGACCUGCUCGGAUAUUAUUUUUAAUUUAACCUGGCAAAUAAGUGAGACUUGAACACCAUUUUAUUCAUCUUGAAGACUAUAUAGCAUUAUAGGAUAUUUGAGGGUUUUGUUUUAACUGUAUUGUUAUUUGGGUGUCCUAACUUCAGCAGAGAGGAAGACUCUGUAUACUCUGGGCAUAAUAGUGUGGAUCCAGUGGAAAAAGACUGGAUACUCUGGGCAUAACUUUAUAUAGGAAAUAGACCUCCUAUUUCUUAAGGAGGUUGCUUCUGGAAUUGAUCGAACAAAGGUAUUAGCUGGAGUUUAAUGGAGAAAUUGUUCUAUGAACUAUGAAUUGCUGCUAUUGGUAUUUCUUUCAGAUGUUUUCCACUGAUGUUUGUGAUGCUUGAAAAAUCCAAAUUUUGAUUGGAUAAAUUUAUUUUAUGCCUUUUUCUCUCUACCUCCCUUUUUCCCUAGGUCCCCUCCCACAUUUUGUUACUGUGAAAAGCUAUUGCCCUAUUACCUCACUGAUAAGAAAUCUUAAUUGUAUUCAUUCAGAAUGCUUUAAACGUGUUCAUAAACUAUGUCUGUUUUUUGGACUUUUGGUUAUUUUGUUAUUGUGAGAAUAUUUAAGACAUUGUAAGAAGUAAUUUUAAAUCUAUUUCAUAAUCUUUUUGGUCUGUCUGGAUACUACUAUAUGUUAAUUUAUUAUAGCCUUUUACAAUUCACUUGUUUUUCUGAGAUUGCUCUAGAAACUGAUGAGGAAAGAGUCAUACUAAUCAAUUGAAUGGUCAAUUGAUCUCACAUAUUAUUUCAGGUUUCCUUGUACUUGGGGUAUCCAAAGCACAAAAUUUGAGGAAAUCGUUUUUCACAUUUGUCCCCAAAGCAUCUUACCAUAAGCCGUAAGAAGUCCCAGGUGGAACGAAGAGGAUCUUUCUUUGCAGGACUUAACACAGCACGAUUUUCUUUAGUUCCAGGUGGAAACAAAGUUAAAGUUUUCCAUUGGUUACUUUAAAAAAUUAACCAUACUAUUACAUUCAUUAAAUGAUCUUUUCUCUUUGUUCAUUCAAGACUGUGUACUUGAAAAAGAGGACAUAUAAGAAUGAGUAACGUGUCCAAGGUAAGGGCAAAUGACAUAUCUAAAGUUUGCUUCUCAAAUUUUUCCACCCUAAAGCAGAAGAGUAUAAAUACGUGGGGGGAAGGGGCCCAAGCACAAAAUCUGAAGUAGUCUACCACUCGUGAAAUUUCGUGUUCUGUCUUAAAAACGUAAGUUGAAUUUUGCAUUCUCCAUAAUAAAACUGUUUCGACAUAAAGAUGAUUCCUUCAGUCUUCACGGAAACCAGUGCUGCCGGCAAGGAGCACCACAUUUAGCACACGGCCUCUCAGUUUUCCCCCUCUACCCUCCUCAAUUGCCGCGUCCGCCUGGUGGUACACACACUGACUUUGGGAAAUAUAGACAUAGGACAUACCUAGGAUAUUCCCUGCCUUUUAAAAGCUGAACUUUGAAAGUAUUAAUGCCAAAUUAAACUGAACUGAAACAGCUCCGUUAUCACUGAGGCUUAUAUAAUAUUGUCAGAGGUGUUGGCCCAUUUGUUUUCAUUAACUCAUUGGCAUUUCUUGACCGAGAAGGAGCACCCAACUAUCAGCUCCCUGAGAGCAGAGAUCAUGUUUUAUUAGUUUUUCAUACUCACACCCUCCCCCUGCCCCCCAGAUACAGUACCUGUUAUAGAGUGCCUAGUUGGUGACAGUAGGAAUUAGGGGGUUGUAUUUUAAAGAAACUAAUAGUUUAAGUAAGAAACAAUCAAAAAUGUUAAUUUUCUGAUUCAGUUUUUUUAAGCAUUUCUCAUUGCUGGAAUUUAUGAUAAAUCUUCAUUAAGCAUGCACACCCUUAAAUACUGUUUCUUUUGAGAGAGCAGAGCAUAUUCCUAUUUGCAAAUUAUAUAUAAUGCCUAGUAUUUUACACUCAAAGCAAGAUGUUGGCCAAGUAGGCUAAGAAGGUAUCUAUGUAGACUUAAUAUCACGGGUUAUAAGUGCCAUUUUGAGCCUAAUAGUGCUACCUUCCAAGUGAGUCACAACUAAUUUGAAACUAUUUGGUAUAUUUUUGUCCACUGUUAUGAUUCAUCAUAUAUCUUAAAAGAGGCACUCAAACAAGAGUCUGCAUCUGUAUAUAUGGUGAGGCCUUUUUGUUUUAGGCUAAAAUAAACUGUUUGUAUUAUGUCAUUGAAUAUGCCAGAUAAAAUAUAUACAGUUAAGAAUGAAUUAUUUUUCUGACUUGUGCAGCAGUUGCUCAAAAUUGUGCCCUUGUUUUAACAGUUUCUGUCAACAUUUUCUCAUUUUUUUCCCGAUGAAAACACCAGGAUGUAUCAUAAGUACUGCCUGUGAGAAUUUGCACUUGAAGUGUUUGUGAGUGGAUUUCUUGUGGUUUUAGCAAAUGAAGUGUUAUCGGUAAUAAACAGGCCUCUUUAUAAG